GGUCCGAACGUCCCUGGACUCGGUUCUCGCGUUGACGUUAGGCUACCCAGGGGUUGUGGCUGGGAGGGUUUUGUGGGGAGCCCUCGGAGCAGCCGCGAUGGCCAGCACCAGGAGUAUUGAACUGGAGCACUUUGAGGAACGGGACAAAAGGCCGCGACCGGGGUCGCGGAGAGGGGCGCCCAGCUCCUCAGGAGGCAGCAGCAGUUCGGGCCCCAAGGGGAACGGGCUCAUCCCCAGCCCGGCGCACAGUGCCCACUGCAGCUUCUACCGCACGCGGACCCUGCAGGCUCUGAGCUCAGAGAAGAAGGCCAAGAAGGCGCGCUUCUACCGGAAUGGGGACCGCUACUUCAAGGGCCUGGUGUUUGCCAUCUCCAGCGACCGCUUCCGGUCCUUCGAUGCCCUGCUCAUCGAGCUCACCCGCUCCCUGUCGGACAACGUGAACCUGCCCCAGGGCGUCCGCACCAUCUACACCAUCGACGGCAGUCGGAAGGUCACCAGCCUGGACGAGCUGCUGGAAGGUGAGAGUUACGUGUGUGCAUCAAAUGAACCAUUUCGUAAAGUUGAUUACACCAAAAAUAUUAAUCCAAACUGGUCUGUGAACAUCAAGGGCGGGACAUCCCGAGCCCUGGCUGCUCCCUCCUCGGUGAAAAGUGAAGUGAAGGAGAGUAAAGAUUUCAUCAAACCGAAAUUGGUGACUGUGAUUCGAAGUGGAGUGAAGCCUAGAAAAGCCGUGAGGAUCCUUCUAAAUAAGAAGACUGCUCAUUCCUUUGAACAGGUCUUGACAGAUAUCACGGAAGCCAUUAAACUAGAUUCAGGAGUGGUCAAGAGGCUCUGCACACUGGACGGAAAGCAGGUUACUUGUCUGCAAGACUUUUUUGGUGAUGAUGAUGUUUUUAUUGCUUGUGGACCUGAAAAAUUCCGUUAUGCCCAAGAUGACUUUGUCCUGGAUCACAGUGAAUGCCGUGUCUUGAAGUCAUCUUAUUCUCGCUCCUCAGCCGUUAAGUAUUCUGGAUCUAAAAGCCCUGGGCCCUCCCGACGCAGCAAAUCACCAGCUUCAGUAAAGAGGGGUGGCCUUCACUCCAGUGCCUACUCUGCAGCCAGAUCCCCAGUUAAUGGAACUCCCAGCAGCCAACUGUCUACUCCUAAAUCAACGAAAUCCUCCAGCUCUUCCCCAACUAGCCCAGGAAGUUUCAGAGGACUGAAGCAGAUUUCUGCACAUGGCAGAUCUUCUUCCAAUGUAAAUGGUGGACCUGAGCUUGGUCGUUGCAUGAGUCCUGAAGGUGUGAAUGGAAACAGGUGCUCUGAAUCAUCUACUCUUCUUGAGAAAUACAAAAUUGGGAAGGUUAUUGGUGAUGGGAAUUUUGCAGUAGUCAAAGAGUGCAUGGACAGGUCCACUGGAAAGGAAUUUGCCCUGAAGAUUAUAGACAAAGCCAAGUGUUGUGGAAAGGAGCACCUGAUUGAGAAUGAAGUGUCAAUCCUGCGCAGGGUGAAGCAUCCAAAUAUCAUCAUGCUGGUCGAGGAAAUGGAAACAGCUACUGAGCUCUUCCUGGUGAUGGAAUUGGUCAAAGGUGGAGAUCUCUUUGAUGCAAUUACCUCGUCAACCAAGUACACUGAGAGAGAUGGUAGUGCGAUGGUGUACAACCUGGCCAACGCCCUCAGGUAUCUUCAUGGCCUCAGCAUUGUGCACAGAGACAUCAAGCCAGAGAACCUCUUGGUGUGUGAAUAUCCUGACGGCACCAAGUCCUUGAAGCUGGGAGACUUUGGUCUGGCCACUGUGGUGGAAGGCCCUUUGUACACAGUCUGUGGCACACCAACAUAUGUGGCUCCAGAAAUAAUUGCUGAAACUGGCUAUGGCCUGAAGGUGGACAUUUGGGCAGCAGGCGUGAUCACUUACAUACUUCUCUGUGGAUUCCCACCAUUCCGAAGUGAGAACAAUCUCCAGGAAGAUCUCUUUGACCAGAUCUUGGCUGGGAAGCUAGAGUUUCCAGCCCCCUACUGGGAUAACAUCACAGACUCAGCAAAGGAAUUAAUCAGUCAAAUGCUUCAGGUAAACGUUGAAGCUCGGUGUACCGCGGGAGAAAUCCUGAGCCACCCCUGGGUGUCAGAUGAUGCCUCCCAGGAGAAUAAUAUGCAAGCUGAAGUAACAGGUAAACUCAAACAGCACUUUAAUAAUGCGCUCCCCAAACAGAACAGCACCACCACCGGGGUCUCGGUUAUCAUGAACACGGCUCUAGAUAAGGAGGGACAGAUUUUCUGCAGCAAGCACUGUCAGGACAGCAGCCGACCCGGGAUGGAGCCGACCUCUCCAGUCCCUCCCUCAGCCGAGGAGCCCCCCGUGUCCGCACCGGCAGCCCUGGCCCCCGCCCCUCCAGAAUGUCCCUCACCCCCUUGUCCUCCUGCUGCCGAAAGCUGCGAGCGGGCAGGGACCUGGCGCCGCCACCGUGACUGAUCCCUGGGCGGACAGGCUGGAGCCCGCCACUGCUGGAAAGCCCCUCUUCUGUCGGGCUGUGCGGUCCUCUCACUGAAGAGCCUUUCUCUGCUGACUGCUGUUGGGAAGUUUGCUGGCACCUCCGAGGGCUGCCAGGAGCUCAGUGCCAGGGAUUUGCUUCUUUUCAUAAUCUGGGCUCUGCCCUCCAGUUCCUGGAGGUGUCCUAUGCAGUGUUAGCUGCAGUGACAGAUAAUCGGAGUGGCUCGUUUUAAAUUGUUUUCAGUUCAAUGGAUAUUUUGCAAUGUCACCAGGAGAAUGUGCAACUUUUGUCUGGGAUUUAACGCAUUUUUAUAGAAACACGUUGGAUGAAUGAAGCUCUCUCCCUAUUUAAGUAAACUCGGAGCGUUCCUUUUUUUUCUUACAAACAACUUAGAACUGCAUUUGUCCCUUUGUGGGUGUCCCAUGAGAGGUGCCAUAGCACCUUCCUCUGCUGAGGGGGUUUGGAGGACUGGCUUUCUGAUGGAGGAAGUGAGUGCCCAAGAGGACAGUGUGGUCAUCGGACACUAAUUCAUACUUCGAAAAGUGGUUCCAGGUGCCCAAGGAAGCAGCCCACUGUUAGCCUGGGGCCCUGGGCUUACCUAAGACAACACUGGAUAUUUAUUUGUAUACAGACCACAGGGGAAUGUCACUUUCUUCCCUAGACAGUGCGUGUUCUCCCCCAACUCUUCCCACAUCUGUAUUAGGAAACAUUAAUGGAGCUGUCCUUCGGGCUUUUUCAUGGAAGGCUUGGCGCAUGCGGCAUCACCCAGGCCGAGCGGUUUCUUCUCAGCAAGCCGGCUUCUAGCAGAGCAGGGAAAACGAGGCAUCUGAGUAGCCACGCAGUCUCUUUCAUCAUCUGCUUGUCAUCUGGAGCUGGCUGGAAACAACUGAGGAAACAUAGCCCGAGGCACCGUCAGGACCGGGGCAGGAAGGUGCUCCACAAACAUCCUCUCUUAUUACCCUUGUGGAAGGCUGCUGGCAGUUUUUCCUUUUUUCCCCCACUACCCUGCCCUUUUUAAUAAUUGUACAUAAUCAAUGUAUUUGUUUUACCUGCUCAUCUUCUAAACUGGGGAGCCCUGUAGUUCAUUCUCAUUGUUAGACUUUUGCCUCUUACAAGUGUACCCAACCUGCAAUAAACCCUUCUUGAGAAAAAAGUGAUGGGGGUGGGCAAAGGAUUGUGUGGUGGUGUUUGGCAAAGGAGGUGGGAUCAAAGCACACUUCCUUGGUCUAGGUUCCAUGUCUUUUUAUGAAGUCUUGGGUGAGGAGUGGGGAGGGAGAGUGAUACUUGGGGAGAGCACAUGAAAAUACAUCUCGGUCAAAGUGUAUUUGCUAAUAGGUGCACACACCUGCAGCAAAAGCUCAGGAAUAAAUAGGGGCUAUUACUGUACCGCAGAGGAAUCUUAUGGCAGGAGGGUCAGGCUUCCCAGGAAAUAGGGAGCAGGGUAGUGUCUCCAGUCUGUUCUGCUGUGGGUGCAUUUUGGCUCUUGGUUCUGGUCUCUUGUAACUCCUGCUUGCCUGUAGCUCUGGCAUAGCCUGGUGCUGCUCUGUCCCCAGCUUCUCAAGGCUGUCCAACUCCAGGCCUUGAGAUCAUCUGCUUCAGCUCUGGAUCCCUUAAUUCACAGUGCUGAAGGAAUGAGACCAUCCGACUGGCUCCAGCCAUGCGAUGAUUUCCCCCUGGGCUGGUGCUGACCGGUGAUUCAAUCCAGAGGCUGGUUACAGAAUGCAGAGUUUUCCUCCUGGGCCCACAGCUGCAGCAGGUAUAGGCUCCAGGAGGAGGGAGGUUUCAGAAAAGCUGUGAUAUACAGGUCUAGAGCGUUCUGCUUGUCUCUGGCCUCACGGAUGAGUUAAGGACCAGGCUUUGUCAUGGCUUCCAGUGGAAAUAUUUUUGUUAAUGAAAGGGAAGAGCUAAUGUAAAGGAAAGAGAACAUGGAAAUAGUGAUGGAGCAUGGCCUCUGGCAGCGAUCAGAGCCUGAAACUGGAGUCCCUCCCUGGAACUGAGGUAAAAAGGCAUUUGCUGACGACUUAAGAAAGUAUUUGCCAGGGCAGUGCUGGUCACUGGUGCUAAGGUAAAGGACCGUCUUCUGUCCAGCACGUGCCCCCAUCCUCUAUGCCACCCUCGGAUGGCUGGGAUAUGGUGGGGGAGGAUGGUCUGGAGACAGGAAGUAGCAUGAGCAUGUGGGGCAGCACAGCCUAGUGGCUCUUCUGUAGUUACACGAAUCCCACACACACCUGGAGCCGUGAUGUGUGGCUGUGAAGGAGCAAACCAAGCAGUUAGGAGGCGUAAUGCAAGUCACAGAAUGGGUGGGAGACAGAGUCACCAUGCAGUUUUAGGCUUUUCCAUCUCUGAAGCUGUGCCCUUUGGAGGAACCCUGUCCCAUGGGGGCAAAUCAAGGCCUAGGUGUGAAUGGUCAUCUAAGUAAUGAGCCUAAAUAAAGCCUUUGACACCACAA